AUGUCUCUGAAAAAGCAGAUACCAAUAAUCUUUGAAAACACGCAUUACUUCAUAGUUAAUAAACCACCUGGCAUACCUUCUCAACCACCAGACUGCAGAACAUGGGGCAGGACACAUCCUAAUCUUGACCCUACUCCACUACUAGAAAGAUUCAAGGCUAUUUAUUAUUCACAUAGAGAAGUAGAAUUAUGUCGUACUGUACAUAGGUUAGACCAUUGUGUUACGGGGGGGAUGCUGAUUGCAAAGACUAAAGACGGAAGUGUAAAAUUCUCUAGAUUUUUACAAAAGGGCGGCAACAACGGUUAUAAGUUGCAAAGAAAGUAUGUAGCUAUUGUCGAGUCGUCCGGUCGUUUCAACAAACCAAAUAACUAUGAAAUUAAAUAUGGUCCUAAAUAUAAUUUCUUGAUUUCACAUGGUGGUAGGGAGAUUACUAAGUUCAAAGAAGUUGACGAAAAUUGUAUUGUUUUACAAUUGGUUACAGGAAAAAAACAUCAGAUUCGAAAUCACGUCUCUCAAAUUUUAAAUCAGCCCAUAUUAAACGACAAGAGACAUGGCAGCACUGUCAAUUUUCCAGAGUUGUUCAAUGACCAAAUAGCGUUGCAUUCAGCGUGCAUAAUAACGAAAAUUGGCCUGCAAACUAAAACGCACUUGAUACCUAUGGAACACAAUAAUACUGGCCAACUUUGGUCAAGAAAAUACGUCAAUGAAGAGGGUGAGUUCACUUUGCCCAUAAAAGAAGUCCUGUUGGAAAACUGGGACCAGUAA